AAGGGAUUUCCGAUGGAAUUGAAUACAAAGGCUUUUAUUGUUGAAUUGUACAAGUUUAUAGCAAAUUAAUUUGAUGAUAAUUACACUUAAUCACCACUCAAGUUUACAUAAGAAAACAUAAGUGUUACAUUGGAAAUUUAAUUUCUCAAUUUAGUUUAAACAAGCUUUGUAAUUCAAUAGCUUGACAAACAAAAUCUAUGCCAAUAAGUGAAUACAACUAAGCUGAUUGAUUCUGUUUCCAGUUCUGCUUGAAAUUGAUUUAAACUGUAAUGUCUGCUAAUUAGUUAUUGAAUCAAGUUGAAAGCGUAAUGUAUUUGCAAUUAAUAACAAAGUAAAAUGGGGAAAAAGUGAUUAGACCAACAAUGAGAUUGAUCCAUGGAUUAGCUGCCCUUUUCUGGAUGAUCAACUCAGGUUUAAUGUUACAUUAUGACUCAAAGUCUGAAGCUUCAAAAAGUGAUUGGAAUCAAUCAACAAUAGAUACUCAAAGUGAAAAUGGUUCUCAAAUUGAAUUAAUUAAUGUUUACAAUGACUCUGAUUGGAUUGCAAUUGAAUCAACUGAACAACAAUGUGGUUGUCAAUUUCAUCCCAUGUCCAGUGGCGAUUUGAUAGCUACAACAUUGUUACCCGAUUUCAAUGAGUAUGUAACAACAGAGUUGCCAAUAGCAGAAAAUGAAAGCGGUGAAAAUGAUGACUUAAAGAGUUCAUCUUCAACAACCAAUGAGAAAGCAAAACUAAUUAGCAAGAUUGUUAUCAGUGAUGGCAAAGAUAAGAACAAUGGAAUCAGUAUUGGUGGCGACUUUCCUCAAGGAACAACAAUUGAAAAUGAUAAAGAUGUCGAGUUUGUACCUUCAACGGUUGUUCAUGUUACUGUUGAUCCUGAUGACUCUAGUGGAGAGUCAGAAGAUGGAGUUUCAAUUAGUGUUGGAAAGGACGAAUCGUCAACAAAACCAAACAUGCCAACAGAUGAUGGAUCAGUCAGUUUACCGGCAACAACUGAAGCUGGAUCAGUGGAUGUUACCAAAUCAGUGAACUCAGAGAAACCUGAAGAAACUUCUACUAAUGCCGCAAUGGGCGGUGAAGAUGCGUUACAGACUGACAGCUCGAAUCCUGGAUCAACGAUGAUUCCAUCUGUUGAUCCGAACGAAUCCAUUGUGACAGAGGAUGAUUUGAAGACCAAUGUACCAGAAUCUGGUUCAAGUGAAAGCUCAACAACUUCAAAACCAGAAAUUAAUGUGUCUGGUUCAAAUAAUGGAGAAAGUACAACAAUAUAUCCACAAGUUGAACCAUCAACAAUCGUUAUAAUAUCGUCUGAUUUUAACGAGUCAACUAAAGGUGAAGGAGUCACUGAUUCAACGGUUGCUGAAACAACAUCUAGUCCUGUUGAUAAAGAAACGUCAUCAGAGCCAGUAACGACAAUUACAGAGGCACAGGGAGAAGGUGGAUAUGAAACCACCGCAACUGAAGGAAGCAAGGAAAUAACAGCUACAACAGAGGGUGAAAGUGAAAGUACAUCAAAAAUUUAUGAAGCUGGCGAGACAACAACAAUAAAGAUAAACGAUGUUGAGGCUGGUACAACUGAAAGUACUACAAAGAUCAUGGAAGUAAGCGAACCAGAAUCUGGUCAAACAACUACGAAAGAUGAUGACUCUGAAUCAGUUACAACUAUUGUCAGCUCAACACAAUCAGUCGGAAGUUCAACUGAAGGUUUGACUGAAGGUCCAUCACAAGAGUCAACUCAAGGAUCAGAGUUAACUACAGUUUCAACAGAUCUAACACCUGAAAAGACUCCUGAUGAUUCAGGUACAACAACUCAAGCCUCAGAUGAAAGUUCACCUACAAUACCCUUCACAUCAACAGACAUCUCAUCAAGCUUACCAUCAGAAUCCCCGGUCGAUUCUUCAACAGUGCCGCCAACAGUUCCAACAGAGCUAUCUGAAUCUCCAAAUCCAAACUCUGAAAGUCCCUCGACUGAAUUAACUUCUGAGUUAGCCACAAACUUGGUCACAGAAUCAUCUUCCGAAUCCAUUUCAGAAGCUUCAUCAGUUACAUCUGAGUCAUCUUCGCUUUCUCCUACACAGAGUUCUGAGGGAAACUCGAACGAAUCAUCUGAACCAGCCACAACUUUGGGAAUAACCACCACCUCACCAAUUCCUACUGAUUCAGAAGAGUCUACUAGUGAAAAUGCUGAUGGAACAACAAUCGUACCAUCAACUAUCCAAUCAUCAUCAACUGAGCCUGAAGCGUCAACCUCCAGCUCAGUAUCAACUGGAGUAGAAGAAACUACAAUUGCUACAAGUAUGACAACGACAACAAGCUCAUCACCACCACCAAUUAUAACAGAGACAACGAGUGCAAUUAACACGUCUGAAUCAGUAACUGUUUCGGGUGUAACAAUGACACCAACAACCAUGAUUCCACCUACUCGAGUUACUCCAAAUGUAACUGAUAUUCCAAAACCUUCAGUGAAACCGCCAAUCAAUCAAUGCAUUCAAUUUCCUUCAUUGAAGACUUGGAGAUAUGAUUUGCUUCGUCGUGUCGCUCAAACCUUUUAUCUUAUAGUGAAAAGACGUCUCAGCCUUCCCCCAGAGUCUCCUCUUCGUAGAUCAAAUAUAUUUUUCCGCUCUAUUCGAUAUCUGCGUCGAAUGAAUUGGUCACUUAAUCGUACUCCUUUAUGGGCAAUUUACAAUGCUAGGACUCAAAUUAUACGCAUGAUUAAAUGUGAACAAUCAUUCAAUAUGUUUGGAUCCAAAGUAUUGGUUGGUAUUUGGAAAGCUCGAUUAUGCUGUUUCAAUAGGCUUCUUAUUCAAUGUGGAACGACAACGAAUUAAUGGCAUAAAUUAUCAUCCAUCAUGAUCAUUAAAAACAAAAAUGAUUCUUAAAUGCAAAUAACGGUUGUCAUUAAUUAGACAAUUGGCUUUUUCAUUAAUUUAAAGAUAAAUAAAAACCAGACUCGAGUCA